AACUUAUGUUACCAAAAAUGGCGGAACCCAUGGAAGAAUUAGAGCAAGAUUUACUUUGCGAAAAACCUGCUGAUACCAAUGCUAUUGAGGGAAAUGAGGAAUCGACCGGUCAGCAAUCGAUGGAUAGUCAGACCUUGUCUGCAGUUUUACAGUUCUUGAGGAAAAAUAACCUGAAAGGUACUGAAGAGCUGUUGAGAAAAGAAGCUAACAUCCAAGAGACCUCAGAGAAUGCUUCUAAUACCGACCAGGAUGUAUCAUCUGCCCUAUCAGCAUAUACAAGCGAGGGUGACCCGUUGCUGUAUGAAGGUCAAUACAGAGGUCUGAUGUCAUUUAUAGGAUCAGCGCUGGAUGCUACUAAGUGUGAACUAGCCCAGAUCCUUUAUCCUGUGUUUGUUCACAUGUACCUAGAGCUUGUCUAUAAUGAUCAUGAUAACCAAGCUGUCGUAUUCUUCAGUGGGUUUAGUGAUGAACAGGAAAGCUACCACGAAGAAGAUCUUAUCAAACUCUCUGCUGUCACUAAGAAAGAUCACAUGAGACAUAGUGAAAUCAUGAUGAAUUUCAGAACUAGUAAAUAUGUGAUUCGGAUGUCCAGAGAUUCCUACAGUGCACUGAAGCGAUAUCUACAAGACAAACAGAACAACACAGUAUUGAAUAUUCUUGAGGAACAUCUCUAUAUUGAUGUAUUUGAUGGAGUUCCUAGGAAUAAGCAGCAGAUUGAUUCUAAGGCUGGGAGUAUUGUUGGAGAAGCAAAGAGAGAAGCUAAUAAAGGCAAGAUCUACUACGGUCUAUUGAAGGAGCCUGAUAUUAACAUUCAGAUUGAUGAAGAUGAUGAAGGCGGUGAAGGAGAAGAUAAACCAAAGAAAAAGAAGCCCAAGAAGGAUCCCCAAGCAUCCAAGAAGAACAAACCAGAUCCUAAUGCCCCCCCUCAGACCAGAAUACCACUUCCAGAAUUGAAAGAUGCUGACAAACUAGAGAGAUUGAAUGCACAGAGAGAGCUCUCAAAACGAGUCCAUCUAGGGCCAGAUAACUUGCCAUCUAUCUGCUUCUAUACAUUCCUCAAUGCUGCACAAAGUCGGCUGAUCUCGGUUGAUGUGAGCAAUGAUUCAGGUCUGCUAGCAGCAGGUUUCUCAGAUUCUCUCAUCAAAGUAUGGACGUUAACACCUCAGAAGCUAAGGAAAGUCAAACAAGCUGGAGCAUUGAAAGAGAUAGACGCUGAAUCUGAUGAUAUCUUGGAGAGAAUCAUGGAUGACAGCACUGCUACUGAUCAAAGAGUCCUGUUGGGACAUAGCGGACCCGUGUAUUCUACCAGCUUCAGUCCUGAUAGGAAGUUUCUCCUCUCUUCAUCUGAAGACACCACCAUCAAGCUUUGGAGCAUGUACACCUACUCUAGUCUGGUUGCUUACCGGGGACAUAACUUCCCUGUCUGGGAUGUCCAGUUUGGACCAUUUGGUCAUUACUUUGCUUCAGGGAGUAAGGAUAAGACAGCCAGACUGUGGGCUACAGAGUAUCACCAACCUCUCAGGAUAUUUGCUGGACAUCUUUCAGAUGUAGAUACUGUGAGGUUUCAUCCCAACUCCAACUACAUUGCCACUGGUUCUAGUGAUAAGACUAUCAGGCUAUGGGACAUGAACACAGGGAAAUGUGUUAGAGUAAUGACAGGACAUAAGGGUCCAAUCCACAAUAUCAUUUUCUCACCCAACGGUCACUACAUGGCAUCAACGGGAGAAGACAAAAGAGUGUUACUAUGGGAACUACGCCACGGCAACCUCAUCAGAGAACUUAACGAUCACACGGCACCAAUCUACUCACUUAGCUUCUGUCAAGAUGGCAAUGUUUUAGCCUCAGGUGGUCUUGAUAACUGCGUCAAGCUUUGGGAUGUCAAGAAAAUCUUUGCAGAAACAGAACCGGACGAGUUGAGUUCAACACCUGCUAUCGUUACAUCUAGUGCUUCAAAUGUUCUACUAGGCUCUUACCCAACCAAAACCACUUCCGUUUUCAAUCUACACUUCACUCGUCGGAAUCUCCUUCUUGCAUCGGGACCGUUCACAUCGUAGCAUAUUCCCCUGUCAACCUCCAAGUCAGAGAUGUAGCUGUAAGUUUCCACUUCACUUGAUGAUUACAAACACUUGACUAAACUCAGUAUUGGAGUGGUUUGAACAAUUUUUUGUGACUAAAAGUAAAAUUAGAUGCUUAGCUGUCUCCCUUUUACUUUGGACAAUGGACGAUGAUAAUGCAUGGAUAAAGAUGGAUAGAAGCCAGUUCCCUUUGAUUUCAAUCGUGAGUAGGUUGAUAUCAUCAUCGCUCUCCAUCUGUGCAAUGCCAUGUGAGACAAGGGUGUACAGUAGCAUUGGUUCAGUAUUCAAGAGAACCAAGGAAGAGCUAAUGUUGUUGAUUCCUAGUGUGCUCCUGCCAGCUUCCUAUGAUGCCACAUGACGAUCAUUGAGAAUAAGAUGGACCAAAAGUUCUACAAUGUUCUGCAUCAUGGUAUAGUACCAUGCAAUUGUCAGCAUACUUAUUGCAUAUUGGGAAGGGGAAUAGUCUUUAUCUUCAUGAAAGAACAGGUGCCUGUUGCAUUUUUGCCAGAGUUUUCACUGUGUUAUUGUCAAUGACAUAAUUUUGUUUGCUAGAAGUUUUUUAUGGCAAAAGUAUUAUGCAUCAUACCCCAGGAAUGAAUUCAUUUAGAAAACAAAAUCUUCUGUAAGAAAAAUAUGACACAAUUUUUUGGGGAGAUCAAGAAUAAAGUUUGGAACAUGAAUUAUCUAUUCUAUUAUGUUCUCUCCUCAGAACCAUUGAAGAAAAUGCAAAGAAAGAUUGUGGAUUAGUUCAAUACUAUUUUAUUUCCUCUUGUUGACAAAUUUCAAGACUAAACAUGAUUUAUGUUUCUGAACUUUAUUUUCAACGAAAGCCAUCCUUUUGAUAUUGUUGAAGUGUAUUUUGUAAUGUACACUUAUACAUCCUUUGUUUGAUGCGCAUGCAAUGGCACAGUGUAAAUCUCUUUAUUUCCAUCAAACCAUCAUAUAUUUUCCAUUUAAUUUUGAUACAAAUUUGAUUGUUACAAUGUUAUUUAUGAUUUGAUUUCAAUUCCCUUUCACCCAUUCAACAUUGGUAAGAGUAGGGAAUUCUCUGUGGUUCGAUGGUGAGGCUCCCUAACGGGACCAGGGGCAGUGCCUUUAGGGGGGUCCAAAGGUCAAAGCCCAACCGAAGGGAUGGCAAGACAAUGAAAAACAAUAGGACAAAGUGACUUGCCUCUUCUGUAGAAAAAGUACAAUGAUACAUUCCCUGGAUAUCAUUAGCUCUGUGGAGGAUACAACAAGGAUCUAUUGGUUGCAUACUGUAGCUCAAAACCCAUCAUGCUAGAGUUAUUUAUGAGAGUCUUAACCUGUUACUAUGGUAUGGGGGCUGGAAGUGUUUUUGCUGAAUGAACCAACAUGUGGGAUAUAUACAUCACCCUGUUGUCAAACAUAUUUGUGAUAGGGAAAUUGUUAUUGUACGUUAAAGUGCAUUAAUAUAUUUUAUAGAGGGAGUGUGUUUGUACAUAUCAUGAUAAUAGUCAUCACCAAAGUAGUAUGCUUCAAGAAGAAAAUGAAAUCAUGUGCUGAAUCUAAGUGAAAUCAAGGUAAUGCAAUGACUUGUACUGGAGAAGUUCAAUAAAAAAUGUUGGCCUAAUUGCAAUGGUGUUACAAUAGAUGAGUUCUCUAAUACUACAUGCACACUUUCAGAAUUUUAUGUAACAGAAUGAGUUGCUAAAUUGGGUGGGAUGUGAGAAUGGCUAGCAUUUGAGGUGAUUGCUAGCUAGCUGUGGUAAAGAUGGUACCCUUUUCCCUCAAAGACAUUGAAGAAACAUGGUGCUGGAAAUAUGGACGCAGGUGCAUAAGUGGGGAGCCGCCUCUAUUGAGACAAAUAAAAGUAAUGAUGGAAAUCAUUGUCUUUGAUGUUAUAUAAUUUAUUUCUUUUGAGAUACCAUACUUCACCAACAAUGUAAAUACAUGCAUUUAUGUAUAAUAUGUAUAUAUUCAGAACAUUUUGUAAUAAAACUGAAAACUUA